GCUCUUCGGCAAGAUGUUGGGGUUUCUGCAGCGCCCCGUAGUGGUGACCGCGGAUGUCAACUUGAACGUCGUGGCUCUGACGGCGGUGGGGCUGCUGAGCCGGCUGUGGCGCCUCGCCUACCCCCGGGCCGUGGUUUUCGAUGAAGUCUAUUACGGGCAGUACAUCUCUUUUUACAUGAAGCGGGUCUUCUUUUUGGAUGGCAGUGGACCGCCCUUCGGCCACAUGCUGCUGGCCUUGGGAGGUUAUUUGGGAGGAUUCGACGGCAACUUUUUGUGGAACAGAAUUGGAGCAGAAUACAGCAGCAACGUGCCCGUGUGGUCCCUGCGCCUGCUGCCGGCCCUCGCAGGGGCCCUGUCGGUGCCGAUGGCCUACCAGAUCCUGUGGGAGCUCCGUUUUUCUCACUGCGCCGCCAUGGGAGCCGCCCUGCUGAUGCUCAUCGAGAAUGCGCUGAUCACGCAGGCCAGGCUGAUGCUGUUGGAAUCGCUGUUAAUAUUUUUUAAUCUACUGGCCGUGCUGUCCUACCUGAAGUUCUCCAACUCCCAAAAGCACAGGCCCUUCUCCCCGAGCUGGUGGCUGUGGCUGACGCUGACCGGAGUGGCCUGCUCCUGCGCUGUCGGCAUCAAGUACAUGGGCAUUUUCACUUACUUGCUGGUGCUUGGAGUCGCCGCCGUCCACACCUGGCACCUGAUCGGAGACCAGGCUCUGUCAAACGUAGGGGAGCCUGCCGUGGGGGCGUGCGGGGGGGACGGCGUCAGGGGGGCGCAGUGGGAGCCUGCGUGCGAGGGGUGUCCCCCGUGUGCCCAGGUCUGUGUGCUGUGCCACGUGCUGGCCCGCGCAGUGGCUCUGGUGGUCGUCCCGGCCGUCACGUACCUGCUGUUCUUCUACGUCCACUUGACGCUGCUCUGCCGCUCCGGGCCCCACGACCAGAUCAUGUCCAGCGCGUUCCAGGCCAGCCUGGAGGGGGGGCUGGCUCGGAUCACGCAAGGCCAGCCCCUGGAGGUGGCCUACGGCUCACAGGUCACUCUGAAGAGCGCCUCGGGCAAGCCUGUGCCCUGCUGGCUCCACUCCCACCCGAGCACCUACCCGUUGAGCUACGAGAACGGCCGGGGCAGCUCCCACCAGCAGCAGGUGACCUGUUACCCCUUCAAAGAUGUCAACAACUGGUGGAUUGUCAAGGACCCCGGGAGGCACCAGCUGGAGGUGAGCAACCCGCCGAGGCCCGUGCGGCAUGGGGACGUGGUGCAGCUGGUGCACGGCAUGACCAGCCGCCUCCUCAACACGCACGACGUGGCAGCCCCCCUGAACCCCCAUGCGCAGGAGGUGUCCUGCUACAUCGACUACAACGUCUCCAUGCCCGCCCAGAGCCUCUGGAGGCUGGACAUCGUGAACAGAGAGUCGGACGCCGAGAUCUGGAAGACCAUCCUGUCGGAGGUGCGCCUCGUGCACCUGAACACGUCCGCCAUCCUGAAGCUGAGCGGGGCCCACCUCCCCGACUGGGGCUUCCGGCAGCUGGAGGUGGUUGGGGAGAAGCUGUCCCGGGGCUACCACGAGAGCGCCGUGUGGGCCGUGGAGGAGCACCGCUACGGCAGGAGCCAGGAGCAGAGGGAGAGGGAGCUGGAGCUGCACUCGCCAACUCACGUGGACGUCAGCAGGAACCUGAGCUUCAUGGCCAGAUUCUCGGAGCUGCAGUGGAGGAUGCUGACGGUGAGGAGCGACGACUCGGAGCACAAGUACAGCUCCACGCCGCUGGACUGGGUCACCCUGGACACCAACAUCGCCUACUGGCUGCACCCCAGGACCAGUGCUCAGAUCCACCUGCUGGGGAACGUGGUGAUCUGGGCUUCCGCCGGCCUCGCCACCGCGCUGUACGUCCUGCUCUUCUGCUGGUACCUGCUCCGCCGCCGGAGGCGUGUCUGUGAGCUCCCCGAGGAUUCCUGGCUGCGCUGGGUGCUGGCCGGGGCCCUGUGUGCCGGCGGCUGGGCGGCGAACUACUUCCCGUUCUUCCUGAUGGAGAAGACGCUCUUCCUCUACCACUACCUGCCCGCACUCACCUUCCAGAUCCUUCUACUGCCCGUGGUCUUGCAGCACAUCGGCGAGCACCUGUGCAGGUCCCAGCUCCACAGGAGCCUGUUUGGCGCCCUGGUGGUCGCAUGGUACUCGGCCGCCUGCCACGUGUUUAACAUGCUGCGCCCACUGACCUACGGGGACAAGUCGCUGUCACCCAGCGACCUCCAGGCCCUUCGCUGGAAAGAGAGCUGGGACAUCCUGAUCCGCAAACACUAGCAGGACUGGCACGAGAGAUCCAGGGUCGGGACCGGGACCGGGACACGCUCGGGGGAGCUGGCCAGGCCUGGCGGGGGCUCUCCUCUGGUCCCCUUCACCUUAAGCACCUUAUUCUUAUGCGGACAAUAAAGAACACGCUGUGCCCACAAAUCCUGGGGCCCUACACGGGGACACGUGUUGAGUGGCAAGUGUGGGGCUCGGCGACGGAGAGAUGGCGGGGAGUGGGAGUGACGGGCGUGAGGGUCAGACCGGACGGGCCGGUCUUACUAACAGACACGCCUGGUCCUCCCUCCCAAGCACCCGCUGGCCCCGAGCUAGAGCCUCUCCCCGGGGGGCCUCUAGGCUUUGCCCGGAACAGCUGAGUGUCACUAGCCACUGGGCCGGCCGGGCGGGGCCUCAGGCUGAGUGAGGCGGUAACCCUGUGUCAACCCUCUCGCUGACUGCACACCCGUGAGGCUAACGGGCAGCAGACAGUCAAGGUGUGUCAUCUGUUCCUUGUCCUGAACUCGCCUUUGGUGUAAUUAAAAAGGGACCACUGCCCUGGCCGGCUUGGCUUAGUGGAGAGAGCGCCAGCCUGCGGACUGAAGGGUCCCAGGUUCCACUCCGGCCAAGGGCAUAUGCCUGGGUUGCAGGCUCCAUCCCCAGUAGGGGGCGUGCAGGAGGCAACCGAUCAAUGAUUCUCUCUUCUCCCUUCCUCUCUGAAAUCAAUAAAUAAUAUUUUAAGAAAUAAUAAAAAGGGACCACUGGCA